AUGCAGUCAAUUAAAUGUGUAGUGCUAGGAGACAUUGCAGCUCAAAAAACAUCCUUAUUGGUCACAUACACAACAAACCGCUAUCCCUCAGAAUAUGUGCCAAAAGUGUUUGACAACCAGACAGUUAUAGUUAUGAUUGGAGAACAAUCCUUCUUUCUUCAGCUAUAUGACACAACAGGUCAGGAAAAUUGUGAUCAACUGCUUCCCCUAAUCUACACAAAAACAGACGUGUUUCUUGUAUGUUUCUCCGUCGUCGUACCAACAUCUUUUGAAACAGUUCAAACAAAGUGGGUUCCUGAGAUUUCUCUCCACUGUCCUCACACACCUUUCCUGUUAGUAGGCACCCAAACAGACCUGCGAGAAGACAGAACCACUGUUAAGAAUCUGGAGAAGAACAAACAACAACCCAUUUAUCCAGAGGAUGGUAAGAAGCUGGCUCAAGAAGUUGGAGCUGUCAAAUAUGUAGAGUGCUCCAUGGUCAAACAGGAAGGUGUUAAAAUGGUUUCUGAGCAGGCCAUACUAGCAGCCUUAGAACCCCCUAAAGUUAAAACGAAGGGUUUCUGUAUUCCUAUUUGA